UGUAAUUGUUUAUUUACUAAUUUGAAUUUUUAUCAAUGGGCAAGACAUCAAGAGAUAAACGAGACAUAUUCUACCGCCUGGCCAAAGAGCAGGGAUGGCGAGCGAGGAGUGCCUUCAAGCUGCUGCAGGCCGAGGAAACCUUUCACCUGCUGGACGGAGUCACACGUGCCGUGGACCUGUGCGCCGCUCCCGGCAGCUGGUCCCAGGUCUUGUCCAAGCACAUGUACGAGCCACGCUCACCCGAAGAGCGGGAAAAGGUGAAAAUCAUUGCAGUCGAUCUACAGGGAAUGGCGCCCAUCGACGGAGUGCACCAGCUGCGGGCAGACAUCACCAAAGAGUCCACCGCCGAGGCCAUCAUCGAGUACUUUGAGGGACAGAAGGCUCAACUGGUGGUCUCCGACGGGGCCCCCGACUCCACGGGCAUGAACGAUUUCGAUGUGUACAUGCAGGGAGAGCUCGUCCUAUGCGCUUUGAGCAUCUCCACGUUCAUCCUGGAAACGGGUGGCACUCUGGUGGCGAAAAUCUAUCGGGCGGACAACGUCAGCCGCCUGUACGUGCAGAUGCAGCGCUUCUUCAAGGAUGUGUGCGUGUUCAAGCCCUCGGCAUCGCGUAACUCCAGCAUCGAAGCCUUUGUGGUGGCGCGCCAAUUCUGCCUGCCCGAGGGCCACAGGCCCUGUAAUCUGACCACAGAGUGGCACCAACAGCCCGAAACGUGGCUGGUUCAGAGAAAGGGCAGCGAGCCAAAGCCCAUGGUCCACGUACCCUUUGUGGCCUACAAGGGUGACCUCGAUGCGGAUCGCAGCUACUCAUUGGAUGAGGACUAUGUCUAUCACGAACCUGUGCAACAGCCCCUCACAGCCGCGUAUCAGGAUGUGAAACAAAAAUUGGGCACUACAUCCGUCAAAUAUAAGCCCAUCAUCGUCAUCCACAACGAGGAACUGACAAAGGAAUGGCGGGAGGAGCACAAGCAUGAAAGCAGGGAGCCUGUCGAGGAUUGACCCGCAAUAAAUCAAAGACUUGUAUUCCAA